GACCAGUGCAGCAUAGAGAAUUCAGUUAUGGUACCUUUAGGAAGUGAUUAUAAGUCGUAUGAAGAAGUUCAUCAGGGUUUUGUUUCUGGCUUUGAUAUCUCCUGGGAUACUAGUCGCUACAGUGGAGCUCCCCCUUCAGUAUAUAUGUGUGAACUUCACGGCUGGUUUGCAUUGGGGGAUGAUGAUGAUUCCUGCAGGAAAGUUGAUCAUAGAAACGUUGGAGGCAUAAUCAUCGAAAUAUGGAAGACUUUAAAGGGAUCAUAUUUGGAUAUAAUCUAUAUGAUUGGUCUCCUUCUAGCAACAAAGGCAGCAAUAGGUGCUCCAUUUAUGAUUGCGCUGCUGAUCUACA